UGUAGUGUGAGCAUCAUGGCGGAUUUCGACACAGUACCGAUGUCACGUCUACUCAAAAUUGCUAACAAAUUCAACUGCUUUUAUCUGUCAGGUUUUCAUGGUGGUGAUUGCAGGGCUUUUAUUGUCGAUGGACAACAAGUCGGACUCGUUCGACCUGAUGUAAUGAAAGAGCUUCUGAAUUAUCCACAUGUUUUUCAAGUGCAACCAGACUGUGUUCAACUGAAUCCAGCAUUUCGUGGUUACGCUGAACGAAGUGCACGAGUCGAUGAAGUUUUAAGAGAAUGGAAAGCUGGUGGUAAAUUUAUAACAUUAAGAGGUUGGAGAGAAGAAUGUUAUGAUGUACGUGCACAAUUUAACACUCCACCUCUUUUUAAAAUGGAUCGUUCAGCUACAUGUUUAUUUGGUAUUCGCAAGUAUGGAGUAGAUAUCAAUGGAUACGUAAUGGAUCCAGUUAAAGGCCUGUCCAUUUGGUUGCAAAAACGUAGUCCAAAUAAACAAACUUGGCCUUCAUACUGGGAUUCGAUGAUAAGUGGUGGUUUGAGCGUUGGUUUUGGUAUUCAUGAAACUGCUGUUAAAGAAGCUGGCGAAGAGGGAAGUAUACCAACCAAUUUAUUAACAAAACUUAAAAGCGCUGGAUGUAUAUCACUUUUUUUCGAAAGUGAGAGAGGUCUUUUUCCUAAUACUGAGUUUGUCUAUGAUCUUGAAUUGCCAACGGAUUUUGUGCCAAGCAAUAGUGACGGCGAAGUCGAGACAUUCGAGUUGUUACCAGUUCAUGAAUGCAUCGAAAGAAUACUAUCAUCAAAUUUUAAGACGACAUCUAUUCCAGUUGCACUCGACUUUUUAAUUAGACAUGGUUAUAUCACACCCGAAAACGAACCAAAUUUUAUACAAAUUGUGGAAUUGCUGCAUGUACCCCUUCAAACAAUGUACAGUUACGUUCAAUCAAAGCAUAGAAUUACUGCGAAUGGUGAAACUAAUGAUACUCUACAAUAAUUUCAAUAUAUAACAUAUUAUCAUCAUCACAUUGACGCGACAGAAAAUUUAAGUAAGCGUUCUAAAUAUGAAUUUCUAAUUAAUAGAUUUUAAAAUAACUUGUUUCAAUUCCGAGACGAACGAAUGUAAAAUUAAUCAAUUUUUUAUGUUCAAUUUUUUUAUAAUUUAAAAAAAACAAAGCCAUCAAAUGACUGCGUGGUCAUUUAGUGCAUUUAAUUUUUGUUUAUUUAUUUUUUUAUCAAUCUUCGAAAAAAUAUUACAACAAUAUUUAUCCGACUGCUAUUACUGUUUGCUGUCUUCUCCUUAUAGUUACAUCUUUUUUGUCUCAACGUGCUUGAUAAACAAAAAUAAAUCACCAAACUUAAAAACAUGAAGCGCACAAUAUUUUCAUUACAACAUUCCAACAAUAAAAAAGUGCCAUUUAACUG